AUGGCAGCAAGCAAAGCCUCCCGCGUAGGCGAAGAAAUAUGGAAAACACGAAUCGACAAAGUCAAUGCCGAGCUCGUCACCCUCACCUACGGCACGGUCGUAGCCCAGCUCUGCAAAGACUUUGAAAACGACUACGCCGAAGUAAACAAGCAACUCGACAAAAUGGGCUACAACAUCGGCCUCCGCCUAAUAGAAGACUACCUCGCCAAGUCCAACACCAUGAAGCGGUGUGCGAAUUUCAGAGAAACAGCCGACAUGAUAGCAAGGGUUGGUUUCAAAAUCUUUCUGAAUAUUACGCCGCAAAUAACGAAUUGGACCUCGGACAAUAACCAAUUCUCGUUGCUGUUUGACGAGAACCCCUUUGCGGACUUUGUGGAAUUGCCUGAUGAUGGACGAGCGCAGAACGAGCUGUGGUAUUCGAAUAUCUUGUGUGGCGUGCUGAGGGGCGCUUUGGAAAUGGUGCAGAUGCAGGUGGAGGCGCAUUUUAUCAGUGAUGUCUUGAGGGGGAAUGAUACUACUGAGAUGAGGGUUUCGCUGAUACGGUACAUUGACGAUGAACUACCGCCAGAGGAUGAUUAG